ACAUAGCUAAGGUUUACGACCAAGACUUGGCCACCAUCACAGAGCGAAGCUAAACAUAAGAAAAAUUAGUUGUUGGAUAGAGAUGGAACUAAAGAGAGUCCAAGCCCUUGCUUUCUCUUGCCUGCCGACUGAAACUAUCCCGGAGGAAUUCAUCUGGCCGGAGACGGAGCAGCCGGCAAUCACGACAUACAAAGGUCCUGUCGUCCCAAAGAUUCCAACGAUAGACAUGAGUGAGCCAAACCGAGAGAAGCUAGUGCAGGCCAUCUCUGAAGCCAGUCAAGACUGGGGGAUAUUCCAGGUGGUUAAACACGGGAUACCUGGCGACCUCAUAAGCAGGCUGCAGCGUGCUGGAAGAGAGUUCUUUGAACUCCCCCAGGAAGAGAAAGAAGCGUAUGCUAAGAUCCCGGGCUCUCGGAGCAUCGAGGGCUACGGGAGUAUGCUCCAGAAGGAUUUCAAUGGCAAGAAGGGCUGGGUGGAUCACCUCUUCCACAAGAUUUGGCCGCCUUCGUCCAUCAACCAUCAGUUCUGGCCUAAGAACCCGCCUUCUUACAGGGAAGUCAAUGAAGAAUACGCGGGAUACAUGCGGGAAGUCGUUGACAAGCUGUUCGGUGCCCUGUCUCUGGGGCUCGGCCUCGAGGAACAUGUGCUGAAAGAAGCGGUAGGAGGGGAGGAGCUGCAAUAUAACCUCAAGAUAAACUACUAUCCCCCGUGUCCCCGCCCUGACCUGGCUCUCGGGGUGGUGGCGCACACUGACCUGUCAGCUCUCACCGUGCUUGUGCCCAACGAGGUUCCCGGGCUACAGGUCCUGAAGGAUGGCCAUUGGAUCGAUGCUGAAUACAUCCCCAACGCAUUGAUCAUCCACAUCGGUGAUCAGAUUGAGAUCCUGAGCAACGGAAGGUAUCGGAGCGUGCUACACCGGACUACGGUGGACAGGAACAGGGAGCGGAUGUCGUGGCCAGUUUUCCUGGAGCCUCCGAUGGAUUUUGUGGUCGGGCCUCUCGGCCAGCUAGUUGACGAGCAGAAUCCUCCCAAGUUUAAGUCCAAGAAAUUCAGGGAUUAUAUGUUCUGCAAAUUGAACAAGCUUCCCCAGUAGUUGGUUUUUUUCCAAAUUAAUCCACCACAUAUAUAUAAUACAUAUGCAUGAUAUCUAUAUAUAUACAUAUAUAUAUCAUUUAUAUUGUCUCCAUCCCAUCAUGAUACGUUUUAUUAGUUGCAUGCAGAUCUAUCCCAUAAUGCUUUGUCCGGAGAGGAUAAUAACCAUACGUGGGUGUAUACACCGGGUAUUGCAGUCCUAUGUUCAUGAUAAUAAUUUGUUUUCCCAUCCUAUCAUUGAUGGAUUUGGACAAAAUUUUUGUAUAUAUUGACUUUGGCAAA